UUUGCAGCAUGGCUUCGUGUAAUCUGACAGCGUCAAACGUUGCGAUCGGCGCCUGCGUCGAAAUCGAGACGACGAAUGGCUUGAGCGCCCGGGGAGUGGUAAUUUCGUUCGACACGACUCGCAAGUUUCAGGUUUUGGUUCUCGACACCAAGGAAAUGGCGAUUAACAAGCCAAUGAUUCGCAUUUUCAACUCGGAGCACUUGAAAAAUAUAAAAGUGUUAAGUGAAGCUCUCGAGGAAAGCGAGAAAUUCGCGCGCGCCAAAACCGAGCAAUUCGCCCAGAACAAUCCGGUAAACGGUACACGGACCACCGAACGGCUCGACAAAACUCUCGGCGAGCUCACACCGAAUCUAAUGAAAUCACCAGCAAUAUCGAUUCGUGGACAACAAGCCUAUCUGCAAUUGAAGCGCACAAUUCCGGAUACAUGUUGGUGUGGCGAGGAUAUCCGUGUGCUCGGGCUCGUGUUGGUUCACAAGCCCUACGAGGUGUCCGACGUGACAAAAGAUGCAAAAGCGACAGGAUUCGAUGAAUCGCGUGCCGAAAGUGCCGUACUUCAAGUUCAGAAAAUUCUCUCAAAACCAAUGACCGAGUAUACGGCACGUGCUCCGCUUGAUUUCACUAUUGGAGCUAUUGUGGCCAACUAGUUAUCGAUUUUUUCCCAUUUUUGUAUAUUUUUUGUCCUAAGGCUGAUGGGUUUAAAGAAAAGAGUGGGGAAAAUCAAGAAAAUCUCUAUUUAAACCCAUAAAAAGUAACAUUUCGAGAAUUUAAACUCGAAAAUUAAUUAAUUCUGUGAAAAUCGACAAAAUUCCGUUUUGAAUCGAUUUUAUUCAGGAUUUUUUUAAAAUUUAAUCUUCAAACUUGAAUUAACUGAAUUUGAAGCCGAUUUAAAAAAAAAUCUCGAAUUCUUCUAUUGAAAAUUUCAACGAUUUUUAAUAAUUAAAAUUCAAAAAAAAAAUCUGAUUAAAAAAAAACUUCGUGAAAAUCUAUUUAAUUCUGAAAAAUUCGAUAUUUUUCUUCAUUUUUUCUGUGAUUCCCGAUAAUUUCCAAUCGUCUUCGAGAAAAUGUAAUUUUAAUCGAUUUAAUCGACUUAAAAAAUUUUCAAAACAAGAAAAAAAUCAAGAAAACGUCGUUUUUCAACAAAUUAGGUCGAAAAUGUUGUAUUUUCUCCGUUUUUAAUUCAAAAAAAAAAUCGAUUUUCUUGCUAUUUCCCCCUAAAAAUCGAUUUUUCGAAUAAAAAUUCAUCAGCCGCGGGUCUCGUUUUUCAGGUAUCUCUGUCCCUUUCAAUAUAUAUAUAUAUAUUUUCUCUUCCAAAUCAACCAAUUCUUCAUUGCAUUUGAACCUUUUCUCAGCAUUUUUCUCCUUUUUUUUUUUUAGUUUUUUUAAAUUUGAAAUUGCCCCCCGUCCUCAAUUAUUUAUUAAAUUCCGCCCUAAAAUAUAAUAUAUAUUUAAUUUUU